AUGGCAAUUGACAUGAACCUGAAGGAAACGAUGCAUCCGACGGCGGACAACCACCAGCAAAGGCUCAUCGCUGGCGCCACGCUGCUGGUCACCACCAUCGCCGUCAUCAUCAAGCUCCUCCUCCUAUGGUCCGGCUCCAGAGGCCGCAGCCACAGCCACAGGCGGCUGCCGCCAACGAUCCCGGCCAUGCCUGUUAUCGGUGGGCUGGUGCGGUUCAUGCGUGGCCCCAUCUCAAUGAUCCGGGAGGAGUACAUGCGCCUCGGCAGCGUGUUCACCCUCGGUGUCCUCGGCCACAAGAUCACCUUCCUGAUCGGCCCCGAGGUGUCGGAGCACCUGUUCAAUGGCCCCGAGUCUGAGAUGAGCCAGCAGGAGGUGUACGGGUUCACCGCCGCGGCGUUGGGCCGAGGGGUUGUGUUUGAUGUGCCCUACUCCGUGAGGCAGGAGCAGAUCCGGAUCUUUGCCGAGGGGCUCCGUCGUAACAAGCUCCGCAGCUACGUAGGCCUUAUGGUUUGCGAGGCCGAGGAGUACUUAUCAAAGUGGGGAGAGAGCGGCACGGUUGAUUUGAAGCAUGAGCUGGAGCAGGUCAUCCUAGUAUCCUACUGA